AUGAGCAGCCCCGCUAAAUUACAGGACCUUCCACCGAAGGGAGGCUACCAGAACAUCCCAUUUAAGCGGUUACCUGCAAAGACCUAUUUCAAAGGAUGGCAAAUGAUCGCUGGUUAUGCCGGUAUUUCGACCGCUGGUUUGUUCUUGUACUGGCUGAACGUGAAGGAAAACCAUCGAAAUGACAUCGAGAUGCGAUCCGCAAAGAACGUCAUCUAUCCACUGCUGCUAGCGGAAAGAGAUCGCGAAUACCUGAAGCAGCUACGACGAAACCGUGAUGAAGAGGCUGAAUUGAUGAAGAACGUGGAAGGAUGGGAGGUCGGAACCUGGUACGGUGAACCGGUGUUCAAGACGAUUCCCAAGGAUAAGCUGGUCGAACCGACUUUCCAAGAGUUCUAUGUGCACACUGAUUACAAACAUAUGGCGAAGCGUUCCGAUAUUAAAUUGAUGAACUAA